GCGCCUCAUCCAUCCCCACCCCUCCUCCUUUGUCUCUUGCUUGGGUUUCCGCUGCAUCCCCGAGCGUGCCAUCAUGUGUGGGAUACUGGCAGUCUUGGGUUGCUCCGAUGAGUCGCAGGCCAAAAGGGUUCGAGUUCUCGAGCUCUCUCGCAGGUUAAAGCAUCGCGGACCAGAUUGGAGUGGGCUGCACCAGUAUGGAGAUUGCUAUCUGACGCAUCAGAGACUGGCCAUCGUCGAUCCUGCUUCCGGUGACCAGCCCCUGUACAAUGAAGACAAAUCCAUCGUUGUUACGGUGAAUGGAGAAAUCUACAACCAUGAAGAACUGAGGAAACGGUUUCCUCAUCACAAGUUUAGGACUGGGAGUGACUGUGAAGUAAUCGCUCAUCUGUACGAGGAACAUGGCGAAGGAUUCGUGGAUAUGCUGGAUGGCAUCUUCUCGUUUGUGCUGCUGGACACUCGCGACAACAGCUUCAUCGCUGCCCGAGAUGCCAUCGGAGUUACUCCUCUUUACAUCGGCUGGGGACUCGACGGUUCUGUUUGGAUAUCAUCGGAGAUGAAAGGUCUGAACGACGACUGCGAACACUUUGAGGUCUUCCCUCCCGGGCACUUGUACUCCAGCAAAGAAGGCAGCUACAAGAGAUGGUACAACCCGCCGUGGUACUCGGAGGCGAUUCCAUCGGUGCCAUAUGAUCCCCUUGUUUUGAGGGAGGCAUUUGAGAAGGCUGUCAUCAAAAGGCUGAUGACCGAUGUCCCAUUUGGAGUUCUGCUUUCUGGUGGACUCGAUUCGUCACUGGUUGCUGCUGUGACUUCUCGUCACUUGGCAGGAACAAAAGCUGCAGAGCAGUGGGGGACUCAACUCCAUUCCUUCUGCGUUGGCCUGGAGGGAUCACCGGACUUGAAGGCAGCAAAGGAGGUUGCUGACUACCUGGGAACCGUUCACCAUGAGUUCCACUUCACCGUUCAGGACGGUAUCGAUGCGAUCGAGGAUGUGAUCUACCACAUCGAGACGUAUGAUGUUACCACGAUCAGAGCUAGCACACCGAUGUUCCUCAUGUCCCGUAAGAUCAAGGCACUGGGAGUGAAGAUGGUGAUCUCAGGGGAGGGGUCGGAUGAACUCUUCGGAGGCUAUUUGUACUUCCACAAGGCACCGAACAAGGAAGAAUUCCACGGAGAAACAUGUCGUAAGGUAAAAGCCCUGCACCAGUAUGAUUGCCUAAGAGCCAACAAGGCAACAUCGGCAUGGGGACUGGAAUCUCGCGUGCCCUUCUUGGAUAAGGCAUUCAUCGGUGUCGCCAUGAGCAUUGAUCCUGAAUGGAAAAUGAUCAAGCCUGAUCUUGGUCGGAUCGAGAAGUGGGUACUGAGGAAGGCUUUUGAUGAUGAGGAGAACCCCUACCUGCCAAAGCACAUCCUUUAUAGGCAGAAGGAGCAGUUCAGUGAUGGUGUUGGCUACAGCUGGAUCGAUGGCCUCAAGUCCCACGCGGCAGAGCAUGUGUCGGGCAAAAUGAUGCAGAACGCGAAGCACAUAUACCCACACAACACGCCAACCACGAAGGAAGCCUACUACUACAGGAUGAUCUUUGAAAGGUUCUUCCCGCAGAACUCUGCGAGGCUGACGAUCCCUGGCGGACCAAGCGUGGCAUGCAGCACGGCCAAGGCGAUCGAGUGGGACGCGCAGUGGUCGAAGAACCUCGACCCCUCGGGCAGAGCUGCUCUGGGGGUCCAUGUUUCGGCGUACGAUCCCGCCGCCGUGCCGUCUUCUCUCACGACCGGCACGAGCUCCGCCAUGCUCGUCAACAAGAAGCAGAGGGUGAUGGAAGCGAAAGCGCCGGAGCUCACCAUAAGUUCCUGAGGAGCCCUGUAGCUGCGGCUCAGUGACUUGUUAGAUCGAGAGGUAAUAUUAGUAAGUAGCUACUCGUGGUCGAACACCUUGUAUACGUCGAAUAAAGUGGAUGGCACUGUCAGGCCUUCAUUCCACAAACAUGUUUUCGUGUGCUCGGCUUUCUUUGUUCGUUGCCGGGUCGAUUACGAUGAACAUCGCAUGGUGCUACUACACCUUUGUCCAAAUCUCUGGGUUUCCUUUGAUCCUUGGAAGUGAUCUAAAGAAGGCAGCAUAAUAUACAAAGAGAGGUAGUAGGUCACAGAAUUCAUUGGA